AUGUCCGGUGAACAACAAGUGACGAGCUUGGAUCAUGCGGCAAGGACAGUGUCGAAAAUAUCAUCGUACCUUCGACAAGGAUUCUUGUGUGAUGUGGUUUUUAUUUGCGGACACGGACAAGUUAAACAACGAAUUAGUGCGCAUCGACUCGUAGUCGCAACUCUAUCUGAUUAUUUUCGAGCGAUGUUUGAGAGUAAUAUGCUUGAAACAAAACAACGUGAAAUCAUGAUUAAUGAUAUUGAUCCGGAUGCAUUAGAGAAAUUAAUUUUAUAUGCAUAUGAAGGUCGUCUGGAACUUCAUCAGGAUAAUGUUACCAAUAUUCUCGUUGCUGCACAUAUGUUUAAUAUUACUGAAAUUAUCGAUGCUUGUUGCAAAUAUAUCGAAAAACAACUUCACCCGUCGAAUUGCCUUGGAAUUUAUAAAUUCGCUCUUCAACAUGAUUUACACGACUUGACUCAAACUGCUUGGAAUUAUGUUUUAGAACAUUUCACAAAUGUUAUUCAAAAUAACCAUGAAUUUCUGGAGUUGUCGUUCGAUGAAAUGAAACAAAUUUUAGCAUCAGGUGAUAUCAAUGUGCAAUCAGAAGAAACUGUAUUCGAAGCAUUCCUUUCUUGGAUUGAUCACGAUUCGAAACGGCAAAACGAUCGACUGCCACAACUCUUUGGUUUAAUUCGAUUGCCAUUAAUUGAUAAAAAAUAUUUAACAGAUCAUAUUGAUACAGAUUCACGAUUUAAAAAUGAUACUUCAUGUCAGAUGUUGAUUAUUGAAACAAUGCGUUACCAUUUAGCGCCAGAAAAACGAUCGAGUAUGCAAUCGAUACGAACAAAACCGAGAAAAGCAACAUUAGGUGCUCUCUAUUGUCUUGGCGGAAUGGACAGUGCGAAAGGUAUUGAAUGUCCACAAACGAUUGAACGAUAUGAUUUUCGAACACGUUCGUGGCAGCCAAAUGGUACUUUGAAUACACGUCGUUGGCAAUUUGCGUGUGUCAUUUUAGAGAAAAAGCUAUACGUAUGUGGAGGACGCGACGGAUUGAAAACAUUAAAUAGUAUAGAAAUAUUUGAUUUUCAAAAGAAAGUUUGGAACAUUGGACAACCAAUGUUAACCAACCGACACGGAUUAGGCGUUGGAUGUAUUGGUGGUCCAUUGUAUGCAAUUGGUGGCCAUGAUGGUUGGAGCUUUCUCAAUACAGUAGAACGUUUUGAUCCAGAAACAUGUGUUUGGUCAUAUGUUGCACCGAUGACUAAUGCUCGAUGUACACUUGGUGUUGCUGUUCUUGAAAAUCGCAUAUAUGCAGUGGGCGGUCGAGAUGGUGCUGCAGGUCUGCGAGAAACUGAAUCAUACGAUCCGCAUACGAAUCGUUGGUCAUCAUGUGCACCAAUGCAGAAACGUCGUGGGGGUGUAGCUGUAGCAGCUUGUAACGGAUUUUUAUUUGCGAUUGGCGGUCAUGAAUCAUCUGCAACAAAUAAAUGUGCUGUGAGACACGACGACGGGGAACGUUAUGAUCCAAGAUGCGAUCAAUGGACAUUAAUUACGUCGUUGACUCGUCCAAAAGAAGCUCUAGCAAUUGCUGCUGUUGGUGAUAAAUUAUAUAUUGUUGGUGGAUUUGAUGGAAAAGUACUUGAUGAAGUCGAAAAAUACGAACCAGUAACAGAUAAAUGGACUAAAUGUUCACCAUUAGGAACUAAGAGAGCUGGUGCUUGUCUGAUUCAUGUUCCGAAUUAUAUUUAUCAAUCAUCAUUACCAACAUCCCCAUCGUCAUUAUCUUCAUUAACUACAAGUUCUUACACAUUACCAUCAUCACCAUCUUUAACUAAACGAAAUAAAGAUGUAUCAGCUAGUUGUCACCAAUUGAGUCGUCUUGUUUUUUCUUAG